GAAGUUUCACCCUUGUCAUAUACAUUGUUUUCAUGCCCUUUUUUUAAUUCAUUCCUUCUAAUUAACUGUGUUUUGGAAAUUGUAGACUUUUACAACUGGAACAGAAUUAGAAUUAGAUAUUGUGAUGGAUCAUCCUUUACUGGCGACGUUCAAGCAGUCGAUCCGAAAACAAAAGUAUACUAUAGAGGAGCCAGGAUUUUUUCAGCUGUUAUGGAGGAUUUCUUAGCAAAAGGAAUGAAGAACGCUCAGAAUGCUAUUCUGGCGGGAUGUUCGGCUGGUAGUUUGGCUGCAAUUCAACAUUGUGACAGAUUUAAAGGUCUCCUACCACCGGGCGCUAAAGUUAAAUGUCUUUCCGAUGCUGGUUUCUUUAUCAAUACGAAGACUAUUGCUGGUACCUCUCAUAUCGAACGGUUCUACGGUGAAGUUGUCAACACACAUGGUUCCGCGAAGAAUUUGCCUCAAUCAUGUACCUCAAGACUGAAACCAGCAUUGUGUUUUUUCCCACAAAAUGUUGCCCAGCAAAUCAAGACGCCACUUUUCCUAGUAAAUGCAGCCUAUGAUUCCUGGCAGAUAAAGAAUAUUUUGGCUCCUGGUGUUGCUGAUCCUCAUGGAACUUGGCAUAACUGCAAGCUUGACAUAUUGAAAUGCUCGUCCGCUCAGCUCCAAACAAUGCAUGCUUUUAGGACGGAGUUCUUGAAAGCAUUGAAUUCCCUUGGCCCAUCCUCAACAAGAGGGUAUUACAUCAAUUCCUGUUAUGCACAUUGUCAAACUGGAACACAGGAGACAUGGCUAAGGGACGACUCGCCAAAAUUAGCUGGCACGACAAUUGCCAAAGCAGUUGGAGACUGGUAUUAUGACAGAAAACGAUUCCAAUCGAUUGACUGUCCUUAUCCCUGCAACAAGACCUGCAAGAACCGGAAUUUUGAAUCGGUUGCCCGCCCGGAUAAUAUAGAUGACUGAUGAAAGUUUUAUCUGUGAGAUUGUCAUACAGAAACUUACAGAUUUUCCAGAAGGGAGAAAUAGAAAAAUAUGGAAUUAAAGAGUGUGUAUCAAGUAUGUUAUAAUAAGGGAAAGCCUACACUGCACAGAAUUCUGUGCUUUGGUUUCCCCAAGAGAAACUGUUCUGUAUCAUAUUUUUUAAGGUUAAAUUUUAUGUAUCUUGUUAUAAUGUAAAAGUAAAUGAUAAGCUUUUAUUACACUGCUAA